UAAAAGAGUAACUGAAGUGUUUUAAGUCAUUCCACAUAAUUUUGUUUUGCCAUUUUAAAUCCAUUAAUUCUUAGUUUUAUGUCUUCUGUCAGAUCGCCACAUUAUUCAUCAAAAUACAGUAUCCUGAGAAUGAUGAAAGUUCAGGCAAGGAUUUAUGUAACUGAAAAAGGGCUCAUCUAUGUUCACAUUUCUGACAAGAAAAUACUGAACAUUAGCAUAACACCACUGCCACCUCAUGACCAGUAUUAAAGAGGGACAGCUACUGAAGCAAACCAGUUCUUUCCAAAGGUGGAAAAAACGAUAUUUUAAACUUCGAGGACGAACACUUUAUUAUGCAAAGGACUCAAAGUCUCUAAUAUUUGAUGAAGUUGACCUCUCAGAUGCCAGUGUAGCUGAAGCAAGCACAAAAAACGCCAACAACAGCUUCACGAUAAUCACUCCAUUCAGGAGGCUAAUGCUGUGUGCUGAGAACAGAAAAGAGAUGGAAGACUGGAUCAGCUCACUGAAGUCUGUACAGACCAGAGAACCUUACGAGGUGGCCCAGUUUAACGUGGAACAUUUCUCAGGGAUGCACAACUGGUACGCUUGCUCCCACGCCCGCCCCACCUUCUGUAACGUGUGCCGAGAGAGCCUUUCGGGAGUCACUUCCCAUGGCCUGUCCUGUGAAGUGUGUAAAUUCAAGGCUCACAAAAGAUGUGCUGUGCGGGCAACAAAUAACUGCAAGUGGACGACCCUGGCCUCCAUUGGGAAGGACAUCAUGGAGGAUGAAGACGGCGUUGCGAUGCCUCACCAAUGGCUGGAGGGCAACUUGCCUGUGAGCGCCAAGUGUGCUGUCUGUGACAAAACAUGUGGCAGUGUUCUUCGUCUACAAGAUUGGAAGUGCCUUUGGUGUAAAACAAUGGUACACACUGCCUGCAAAGAUUUAUACCACCCCGUAUGCCCACUUGGCCAAUGUAAAGUAUCUAUCAUACCUCCAAUUGCACUGAACAGCACUGACUCUGACGGUUUCUGUAGAGCAACAUUUUCAUUCUGUGUUAGUCCUCUACUGGUUUUUGUCAAUUCUAAGAGUGGAGAUAAUCAGGGAGUAAAGUUCCUUCGUCGUUUUAAACAGCUGCUAAAUCCUGCUCAGGUGUUUGAUUUAAUGAAUGGAGGUCCUCAUUUAGGUUUAAGAUUAUUUCAGAAAUUUGACAAUUUCCGGAUUCUUGUUUGUGGAGGAGAUGGAAGUGUAGGUUGGGUUUUGUCAGAAAUUGAUAAGCUCAACCUGAAUAAACAGUGUCAGCUGGGAGUAUUGCCUUUGGGCACAGGCAAUGACCUUGCUCGAGUUCUUGGCUGGGGAGGUUCAUAUGAUGAUGACACCCAACUUCCUCAGAUACUAGAGAAGCUGGAACGAGCCAGUACCAAAAUGUUGGACAGAUGGAGUAUAAUGACAUAUGAACUCAAAUUGCCACCGAAGGCUUCUCUACUUCCUGAACCUCCAGAAGCACCUGAAGAAUUCUAUAUGACAAUUUAUGAAGACUCAGUUACAACUCAUCUUUCAAAAAUCCUCAAUUCUGAUGAACACGCAGUGGUCAUAUCGUCUGCCAAGAUACUGUGUGAAACCGUAAAGGACUUCGUUGCCAAAGUAGAGAAGGCCUAUGACAAAACGUUUGAAAAUGCAGUUGUAGCAGAAGCUGUGGCUACCAAAUGUUCAGUCUUAAAUGAGAAGCUUGAACAACUGCUGCAAGCUUUGCACACAGAUUUCCAGGCUGCUCCCACACUCCCAGGCAUUGGGGCUGUCAUCCUAGAAGAAGAUGUUGUGGAAUCUUCAAGUGAAGAAUCCUUGGGUGAAAGCAAGGACCAGCUUGCAGAAGAUAUUACAAAAUCUUCCUCCCAGAAAGCCAUCAAACCAAGGGAAAUAAUGUUACGGGCAAACAGUUUAAAGAAAGCAGUGAGGCAAGUCAUUGAAGAAGCUGGAAAAGUUAUGGAUGACCAGACAGUAAUCUGUACUGAUUACGAUAGUAUAGAAACAGAUGAAUCUAAAGAAGAAUCUAAAGAAGAUUCAAGAGAAUCAUUAACUGUUAAAGCUGCACCUCGGUCUCCAGAUGCUCGGGCAAGUCGUGGCCAUUCCCAAACUGAUUCUCUCCCUGGUCCAGCUGUGACAGCCACCAAAGAAAAUCUCCCUGUACUCAAUACUAGAAUAAUUUGCCCAGGUUUAAGAGCAGGAUUAGCUGCCUCGAUUGCUGGGAGUUCUAUUAUCAACAAAAUGUUACUAGCAAAUAGCGAUCCUUUUGGUGCAACGCCGUUUAUUGACCCAGACCUAGAUUCAUUAGAUGGAUAUUCAGAAAAAUGUGUUAUGAACAAUUACUUUGGGAUUGGAUUAGAUGCAAAAAUUUCAUUAGAAUUUAAUAAUAAGAGAGAAGAGCACCCAGAAAAAUGCAGGAGCCGAACUAAAAACUUGAUGUGGUAUGGAGUCCUUGGCACCCGGGAAUUAUUACAGAGAUCUUACAAAAAUUUAGAACAAAGGGUUCAACUUGAGUGUGAUGGGCAGUAUAUUCCUCUCCCUAGUCUUCAAGGCAUAGCAGUGUUGAACAUCCCUAGUUAUGCUGGAGGCACUAACUUCUGGGGUGGAACUAAAGAAGAUGAUAUAUUUGCUGCGCCAUCAUUUGAUGACAAGAUCCUAGAAGUUGUUGCAAUAUUUGAUAGCAUGCAAAUGGCAAUGUCAAGGGUCAUCAAACUACAGCAUCAUCGCAUAGCCCAGUGCCGUACAGUAAAAAUCACUAUAUUUGGAGAUGAAGGCGUCCCAGUGCAGGUGGAUGGUGAAGCUUGGGUUCAGCCUCCAGGAAUUAUCAAAAUUGUGCACAAAAAUAGAGCUCAGAUGCUAACAAGGGACAGAGCCUUUGAGAGCACUCUGAAAUCUUGGGAAGAUAAACAAAAGUGUGACUCUGGCAAGCAAGUUCUUCGAACCCAUUUGUACAUCCAGCAUGCCGUUGACCUGGCAACGGAAGAGGUAUUGCAGAUGCAGCUGUGUUCCCAGGCUGCAGAGGAGCUAAUUACCAGGAUUUGUGAGGCAGCCACAAUUCAUUGUCUUCUGGAGCAAGAAUUGGCCCAUGCCGUGAAUGCAUGCUCACAUGCACUGAAUAAAGCCAACCCACGGUGCCCGGAGAGUCUUACAAGAGAUACUGCUACUGAAAUAGCCAUCAAUGUGAAGGCGCUAUAUAAUGAAACAGAGUCUUUGCUAGUUGGCAGGGUUCCUUUGCAGUUGGAAUCUCCACAUGAAGAGCGAGUAUCUAGUGCCUUACACUCUGUGGAGGUGGAAUUACAGAAAUUAACAGAGAUCCCCUGGCUUUAUUAUAUCUUACAUCCCAAUGAGAAUGAGGAGCCUCCUAUGGAUUGCACAAAAAGAAACAACAGAAGCACAGUAUUUCGUAUAGUGCCAAAGUUUAAAAAGGAAAAGGUUCAGAAGCAGAAGACAAGUUCACAGCCUGUUCAGAAAUGGGGCACAGAGGAAGUUGCUGCUUGGCUGGAUCUGCUCAGUUUGGGAGAGUACAAAGAAAUCUUCAUCCGUCAUGACAUCAGAGGGGCUGAACUUUUGCAUCUGGAAAGGCGAGAUCUUAAGGACCUGGGGAUACCGAAAGUGGGCCAUAUGAAGCGAAUUCUCCAGGGAAUUAAAGAGCUUGGAAGGAGCACUCCCCAGUCUGAGGUGUAAUCAUAUCGGUGCUAUUCCUUGGAAGAGAAGUAAUUGCUACUUAAUACAAAAUUCUUGGAAGCAAUUGGCUGUUCUUGUAGUUUUCUGCAUAGAUAAGUAAGCACCACUGAAGCACCUCUAUGGCUUAAUAUUUUUCUGUGGGUGAAAAUUUUGAUUUGAGGUAUAAGAAAAUAUUUUUGUGCCAAAAAUACAUUCCAUUAAGCCAUUUUCUUAUUGUGCAAACCUAACAUGUUUAAAUAUGCUCACAAUAGUUAAAAAAAAUAGGAGGAAUCUGAAAUGAUUGCAUUGUCUAAAAGGUGGAAUGGAUGUUAUCUUUGACCUGGUCUCAUAGAAGGUUCUUUCUGUGCAGCCACGUAACAGUAUGUGGAUAAAACUUCUUAGGUUUCAUUAUUGGAGGCAUGACUUCUUCCUCAAAAUCACUGGUUAGGAGACAAGAUACAAAGUUAUGUUUUCAGUGUUAGAUCGGUAAUCACCUCAGGUUCCCAGCACUCACUGGUCAAAGAAUGUGGUUAAACAAACCCAUCAAAUACUAUAAAUAAUGCAAAUCUUAAUGCACGGUUUUCCUGCCUGAAUUGUCUCUCGUUUCUUGCAUGUUAUAUAUAAUAUUGUAAUAUUUUAUAGCUUUAAUGUCAAUUUUAAUGGAAUUUAUUUAUUACUUCCCAAGUACCUUUUUGUGGGCUAAGAGCACUACACUUUUCUGUUCUUUAAUGUGGAUUUUUGCAGAUAUGUAUACCUAAGACUCGGUGAUCAUGUGUCUGUGCCAUAAUCAACAACUUGUAUACAUCUUCUGUAAGCUAGCUUUGUUUCAGUCUAUCAUAAACUGUAGGUGUGCACAUUGAGAAAAUUCUCUGGGUAUUUUCAUAAACUUACAUGCUCUUUUGCCUAACAAAAUUUAUUACAGUUCUCCAAACCACAUUUCCCAUAUUUGUCCCUAUUUUUUCAUUUCAAUUUAAUAAUUAUACUCUGUUUGAAUUUAAAACAGACUGUUGCCAUCUAGGAAUUCUACAAGAUCUCAGCUGAGAUUGGUAUACUGAUUGAUCAUCCAGACUCACCCAUUAGCUACAGUGACUUCUGACACAAACUUUCCACCAGAAGAAAUUUAAUUUUUUUCUUAAGGGCUUUAUAAUUAUUUCAUGUAAUUCUUAUAUUCUGUCAGGUAGAUAUUUUCCUUUUUCUAAACCACUAUAUGUCAGUAUUGUUGAUUAGAAGUCAACAUUACAAUGAUCAAAUCUUUGAAAACCAAAGGCAUCAUAUCAGAAAUUCACAAAAAUAUCCUUAAGGAAGAUUUCUUUAGCCAUUGUAUCCAAGAAAUUAAUUUUUUUACAUGUUCUUUAUAAGAGAAAUAAACAGGGUACUGACCUAGUGGUGACAAUUUUCUGUAAUCUGGUAGGUGCUCCAUAGAUACACAUAUAUACACAUAUACAUUUAUAUGUAGCUUCACAUUUAUGUACAUAUGAUAUUGAAACAUAACAUUGCUGGUAUUUCCUAGAAAAUUGUUUUGCCCAAUGUUUAAAGAGAAAUAUUGUUAGACAUAUAAGUAUCUCAAAAGAAUUUAGCUAUUUGACAGUUAAUUCUAGUUUAUAACUUGACUAAUUGCCAGUAAAGUCACAAAUUUUAGAUAACCUAAAAAUAAAUGAAGGCCAGGAAUGUAGCUCAGUGGUACAGCACUUGGCUAGCAUGUGUGAGGCCCUACGUUCAGUCUUCAGCAUCACAAAACAAGCAAACAUAUAAACAAACCUACUUACUGGGUUCCUGAUCAAGUACAUCUGACUAUAUAUUUUACUUAAGUUCUAGACAAAUGGAAAUUUUCUAAAAAGAAUUUAUACCAAGUAGUUUAAAAGGAUAAUAACCUGAAUUUUGUCCACCUCUAUGAAGGCAAAAGUCUCCUUUUCCAGUCUCUUGUAGACCCCACACAAUAUGUUGUCCUGGUCUAAGUACUUUCCUGUGAAAUCCAAAUACCAGAUUUCCAGAACUCUUCUGAGAUCCCAGAUCUCUGUCCAGCUUUUAGGAAAGGCAAGGGGUAAGCAGGGAAGGAACUAUAAUAUAAAGAAUGUAUUAAUAUGAAAAGCUUUAUUGAUUUUCACCCUCCCCAUACCUGGCUGUCAAUAGAAAAGAUUCUCAAGCUACUAUGUUUUUGGAAUUUAAGAGUAUGAUAUAAAUGGUUGAAUUUUUUUGUUUGAUGAUCUUUUUACUCUUAGGUAACUUCUUUUAUGUAUUCUUUAAUGGAAACUAAAUUUGUCAGACUUUUCCUAAAAUGGCCUUUUUGGACGAGGAAAUCCUUUAAAAUGACAAUUUGGAUCUUUUUGUUGUUCUUGCUAAAUGAGAGCUGUUUUUCUGUAAGCUUUGUCUGCAUAUGUCUGUGCACAACUCAUGUGACUUCAUUGCUACCUGUUUGCCAGUAUGGUACCCUUAGUGCCCCCUUAAGCCCCUGUCAGUGUCAUGGGGAAGCCAUCUUCUUAUCCCAGAUAGGGCUUAAAAACAUGAAAUAGAAAUUGCUCCUCCCUGGGCUUUAUCAGCCUGGGGUGCACAGAUGAGGCCUCAGGGAUGCAUCUCAUGGCUGCUGUAAUUGUCAUCUCUUCUUCCCUUAGGCUUUCCCACACCUGGAUGAUUGGCAUGUAGGCGGGAGAAUCACAGCCAAAGUCUACUUCCUUUCACUUUCUUUUUCCUGAAAAAAAUCUUGCCUUUCAAGAAGGAGAAGGACCCUGCCUAAGUAAAAUUCCAGAGUACUAAAUAUUUCUCUUCAUUGUCUGUCCACUUCCUUUUCAGAGUUUCUCUUCUACUUUCUGCCUUUCCAUUUUUCCAUAUGGUCCAUGCAGUAAUAAAUAGCUGCUCAAAUUCUCACUGCCUUCUACUGUCCUUUCCCCAUCAACUACCACCUAUAAAAUAACUCCUUUUGUGUCUUCCUACCUUAAAGGGGUUUUUUAGCUGAGUGUUAGGAAGAAAACCAUUUAAACUAACUUUAUAUUUGCAUGAUAUAAAAGAAUUCUUGCUAAUAAUGUAAGUGAAUUGACAGGUUAUUUGGGGAGUGUGAUACAAAUUUCUCUGGCUGAGGAACAGUAACUCAUGAAUGUUUAGAUCUAUGCUGUCUAAUAUCAUAGCCAGUUGCCACAUGUGGCUAUUUAACUAUAAAUUUCAUUUCUCAAUUGCACUUGUCACAGCAACCAUAGAGGACAGUACAGAUACAGAACAUUUCCACCAUUGCAAAAAUCCGUUGGACAACAUUAAUCUAGAAUAUCCUCACUACUCAAAAUAGUGGUCCAUGGGCCUGCAGCACAAAUAUCACCUGGGAGGUUAUAGAAAUGCAGAAUCUCAGGUCCACUCCAGGAAUAUUGAGUCAAAACUCUUCCUUUCAAUAAGAUUCCUUAGACAAUUAGCAUUGGCCUACGUCUGUUUUAUCCUUACUAGAUAGUAGGAAUCUGAGUUCUUCAAAAGUCCCUACAAUAGCUUGUUCCUCAACCCACUGUUCUAUUAAUUCUUUCACUAAUCCUAGAAAUAAGCUGAAACUCAUUCAUCACCAUAGCAGAGUUUUCUUCUCAAUUCUUAUCCCUAAUUCUAGUUUUAGAUGGGCCCUCCCCACUCAGUGGUUUUAUUUCGGCAGCUAAGGUGGUUCACAGGAGAUUAGCUGACCAACACAGCUGGCCUCUUUCCAGGCCCACACUCAGCUCUAAGCCACUAACACUCCACAUUCAUUCUGUUUGUUGCUUAUGUGAUAUGUUCAUUUGUUCGUGACUUAGGUCAGGAACAUUUCAGAAGAAUAUGUACUGAGAUAAGUAAACACUGGGUAGUCUCCUGCAGCUCAUACAUUUUCAUUUUCUCUUAUCAGUCAGUUAUCCUGUUGAUAUAGUUCAUGCUUGAGGACAUAUAGCAGCAUACACAUUAAAUGAUCAUUAGGCAUGCAAAAGGGGAUCCAAUUAAUUACAAGUGAAGUGAAUAUGUCAUUUAAUCCUCCAAGUAGGCAUGUUUUGCUAGAUUUGAAUUUUUCAUAUGCUAACUUAUCUUGAUUUCACAUGGUUAAUAAUUCUCUAAAGUAGUGCUUGAAAACAGUGUAGCAUAUUCUUGGUUCUCAAAUGCAAAUUUUUAAAUUCUUUAAUAAGAUCUUUUAUAGUGACUUAUUGUCAGGAAUCUUUCACCUAAUAAUUUUUACAUACUGAUAUGAUUUACCAAAACAUAACUGCCUAGAGAAUCUGUAGCUGAUUUUUAUGAAUAGAUUUUAGACUUCUAUAGUUACUUUAUUUAACAGGAACCUAAAAAUGAAAUAUUCAUACAAAAUAUCACUUAGAAAAUUAUGGGAGUUCCUUCUACGCUUCAUUUCUAAAGCAAAUUACCUGCUAUUGUCAACUGGACUAACAAUAUAGUGAACUGUCAUAUUCUCAGGAUAUGAAUUCUUUAAUUUUUUUAAUGAAUUCUUUAAUUAAAACAACACAUCUUUGGCAUCUAAGGUGUCUCCUGGCUCUACUACUUUCACAAGGCAAAUUCAUCCUACAUCUUUCAGAUAUACGUUGAAUGGACAAUAGGCUUAGAGUUGGAGAAUACAAGUGAUAAUUUUUAAACACCAGGUUUUCCUCAGCACAGGGAGAGAGAGAGGAGAAAGAGAUGAAAAUUUUUCAAAUGGGGAGUGUGACUAAUGUACUAGCUUUCCUUGUGGUUCCUACCGCUUGGCUUCAACAUUCCUCCUCUCACUGCCGCACUCCAUGUGCAGUGGGGCCUGGGUCUUUUUGUCUCUGCUGUGGCAUCUCUUGACUUUUGUAUUGCAGUCUCUGUGUCACAACAGUAAUGUGAUGUCUUUGCAGUAGGAUGCCUUCCUAAAGAAGCAGCCAAAACUUUAUAAAGGUGAUGUUACUGGUUUCUAUAAAAAGCAAAGCAUUUUUUUUCUUUAUUAUUAUUUUAUUUUUUCCAAGUUUUGUUUAGGGACAUUUAUGGUAGAAGAAAAAAAAAAACUACUACAAAAGUUUAUUGUUAAAGAGAGCAGAGAGAUCAGAGACAGCUGGACUGUACCUAUUUGUAUAAUUCUUCCUGUUAUUUUCAGGAAAAGAAGUUUAAUGGAGUCACUGAGACUGCAUUAACUCAGUAGCAACAUUUAGGAUAAAUUCCAUAUUAUAUAACAUAGAUGAACAAUUCCUUUUAUGUAACUAAGAUAUUCUAUUUAUUUACAUCCUCUCCUAAUUUUUUAUGCACUUACAAGUUUUAGUUGGAAAAUAAAAACCAAGCCACUACUUAGAAACUUUUAAAACUCCACACAAAAUAUUUUAACUUUAGCUACAAGAUAUUCAUUCUAUAUAGGAAUUUACAGUCUAAGUAUUUCAUGGUAACUGCAUUUCAACUAUAACAUAACCAAACCUAACAAAACAUACGGUUACUUUUAAGAUGCAUUAAAAUAAAGGAUUGCAAUACUCAGUUGAUAAUGCUAUUAAAGUAGGAUAAUGCAGUUGGAUAUACAAGCUAAAAAGAAGAAAGAAUAUAUUUUGUGGCCCUUAAUGUUUGAUUGCACUGUUAUUUCACAGAGCUUAGCCAUAUCUAUUUCUAUACUUUUUAAGUAUUAAGCUAAUACAUAAAAAUUUUGUACAGUUCUGGUAACUGGUAACUAGUGCUGUGAAAGGUUCUAGUAUUGUAACAUUCCCUGUUUUAUGAGUUAUAUGUUGUAUAUUGAAGAUGACUAGUAAAUUGGAGUAAUAUAUUUAUCUAGAGCUGGAAAAAUAUAAUUAUUUUCAAAUCUCCAAGUAAGUUGUAUCAAAUAUUUUUCUUUCUCUUAAGAGUGAUGAAAGUCUCACUUUUAUGUUAACAUGUCUAUUUAUAAAACAGAUUUCUCCUUUUCUGGUUUUAUUAAUUUUCAUAUUAAAAGGUUUCUUAUCUUUUUAUACCAAAGUAAUUAUCAUGCUGGUUAUUCAAACUGCCAAGUUGUAUUUUAGUUUGUGGAACUUUUGGCAGAUAAAAUGUUUGGUAACACAUAAAUACAAAAGCUUUGUAUAUUUUGUGGCUUUAUGAGCAAGAAUUUUACUUUUGAACUUCUCUAUGUGAGGCAGUGCUGACAUCAGCAUAGUCCAUCAUAGGCAGUAUUACUUAAUAAUCACUUUAGAAGGUUUUCAUAAGUUGUAUAAAUCAGUGCAUUUAUUUAUUGUUUUGUGAAAUUUAAUCUUUAUACAAAAUGCAUAUUCUGGCUCUUUUCCUUUUUUACUCUUGUUCCCUAGAUUGUAAUAGCUCUAUUAAUGAUUUACUUAUAUACUUGAAGUACUCAUUUCUGUCAAACAGAUGCCCUGUUUUUUUCCUUGUAAAAAGAAAUAUUCUUUUUAGCAUAGGUAACUGAACAGUUAUAGGAACUUUGUAAAAAAAUGAUUUUUGUAUCUAAAAUAAAUAUCAAAAAAGCUUAAAGCCAAAAGAAAUCACCAAUAUUAAGAAUUUAAUGUACCCAAGAGAUCCGUUGUACUAUAUUUUGCCAAUAUAUGUCUUCAAUUUGUAACUUCUUUCCCGUGAUGAAUCAAUUUAUGUUAUGAGAAGUUUCCAUGAUUGUACUGCCAAUAUGGCAUUUAAAUGAAAACUAAGAAUCAUGAAUCCCUAAAAAUAUCACAUACCUCUUCCAGCCAGCUCGUGGUUCUGAGAUAUAUAUACUUAUAUUUAUAUUUGCAUUUGACUCUGGACUCUUCUACAGAAAUAGUAACCGUUGGCUAAUGGUUUAUUUGUUUCUGUCAAGUAAAGUGAUGAGAUUUUAAUUGAAUCUUGAAUCAUUUUUAAAUAUAUUCUCAAUUCAACUGUUUAAAAACCUACAAAUUUAAAACAUAAUGGCAUAACAUGCCACACAAAAAUGACCUGUUUUCAAGGAAGAAAAAAAACCUUCCCACUUAAUAUGAAGCAAUGUAAUAUAACAAAAAUCAUCUUAACAAUCCUUAUCUAUUUUACAGUAGACUAAUUGUGAGCUAUUUAAGAAUUAUAUUAGGAGAUUAAUAAUUGACAAUUUUAAAUACAAGGUUUUAUAUUAAUUUUACAGUUCUAUAAGCAAUUAUUGAAGUUAGAAAAAAAUGAAAAGAUAUGAGAAACAUGUAGAAAUUAAAGGAAAAAAGAACUUGAAUUGGAAAUUUGACAGUUUUGGAAAGAGUUUGAAUGUAGAAUAGAUAUCUUUCACUUUAUGUUGUAGAAACAAAAAGCACAUAUGAGAUAUGGUAAGCACAAGACCACAAAACAAAACCAAAAAAAGGUUACAAUGGUAAGGUCUGAGAGUUUAUCUAGAUCUUAUUAAAAUAAGCAGUGAAUUCAGGGAGCCAAUUUUACUGUUGAAAUUUACAAGUCAGUUAAGGAGGUAGUUCUGCUGACCUAAUCAUUCAAGUCAUGUGAUGUACCACACACAAGUGUUUAAUACAUGGGGCAGUUGUCUGUGCUUUCUCAGUUUAGUGAUAACUAUAGAAGAACUAGUCAGAAGGACUUAGCUGGUUCCUUUGAAAUAAAAGAACCCUGGUAAAUGUAUAUCAGACCAUACCAUACAGAUCAAAGGGAUUUUCAUGAACUUGCUAAGCCUUUAAAUGUGUUAGCUAUGAUGGAUUUUUUUUUCAUUUGAAACAAAUUAUAAAGAUUUACAAUAUUUACCAAAAGAUGAAUUUUGUCAUUCUGCAGAUAGGAAUAUGAUUCCAGCUUAUUGGGUUCCAUAACUGACUUCAGCACUGGCUCAUUGUCUCCUUUCUGCAAACUACAUGUUUUGGUAUUUUAAUUUUUCCCAGUGCCACACAAUAUUAUCAGUUAUAACUACUUGGGUUUUUUUUUUUUAUUACAAAAGGAGCUAUAUAAGUGUGAAUCAUACUUAAAUUUCCCAUUUCUUCUCCACUGUCAUCUUAGAUAUAAAUGAAGGUGUCUCAAGUAUAACAUGGAAAUAAAACGUUUCUUCAUGUUCCAUUUACAAGUGAAAAUUGAGGACUGGCUGCAGCUCAGUGGUAGGGCAGCUGGUUAGGAUGCACACAGCUUAGGUUCAAUCUUCAGCACCACAAAAAAAUAAAAAUACAAGAGAAAGGGAAGUUAAACUGCUAUCAUCUGUACUAGAAUAGGUCAAGGGUAUUUUUAUAUGCAUGCUAUAAUUUUUUAAUUCACCAAAAAUUAAGUAUUUUAUAAAAGUGAAUGUAAUCAUUUCUUAAGACCUUCAUAUUUUUAUAUUAAUUCCCUGGAGGAGAAAAUAUCUCUUGAAACAAGUGGUUUUCAAAAAUAGAGUACAUAUUCUGCCGCCUGCCUCACAAGUAAGUGCAAGGUCCUGAGUUUGAUCCCUGGUACCAAAAAAAAAAAAGAGUACAUAAUUCCUUAACUUGUUUUCCCCUGUGUUGUCACUUUCUUAAUUCAAUACUGAGCCCUUUCUGAAUGGUGUCUUGGAUCCAGAGCAAGGAUCACUGACUAUGUUCUUAGACUAUGGAAGAGUAUCUUUCAUGUAGUGUACCUUCAGAGAAACUAAAUGAAAAUUUGGGCACAAUUAAGAAACAUAAAUUAGAAAUUAGAAUAACCUACUUAAAAUAAUAUUACUUAUAUAUAAGGGACCGUGAAUGAUGACUUUAGUUUUGCAUGACAUUUGAAUUUAGUCACUGUCUUCAGGUCACUAUCUUGACCUGACUAUUUCUUUGCUAAAUCUGAUGUAACAGUGCAGCACAAUAUAAUUCAGAGCUCCUGUACCAUUCCCUUCGCCCUGAAAUGUUGAAUUAUAAGAAUGUAUAAAGUUAAAAAAAGAAAAGAAUGUAUAAAGCUGUGUGAUACAAGGAAACACUGAAUUUGAAUUCAUGAGCAUGGUAUUUUGAUCUGUUUUAAUGGCACAACUUAAUUUUUUGAUGACAGAUCUCUUAAGUGAUUAUUCCACAGUGAUUUUGUAUGUGACAGGAAGAAAUCGUUUUCUUGGGAAUGUGCUUCCUAUGAUGACCUGAUACACAGAUGACCUUAGAAUAAUUGAAAUUAAUUACAAUUUUUAUUAGAAUCAUCCUUGUUUAUAAAUUUCAACUGUGUAGCAAGAGUUUUGAUGUACAUAAUGAUGAGGAUGAAAGUUGCCAGCUUAAAUAGUUUUUUGGUUUUCUUUUAGUUGGAAAGCUUUCAGAAAGGUUUUGAGAGAUGACACAGUUUUUAUGCAAUAUUAUAUAAAUUAUGUUCUUCUGCCAAGAAACUCAUAACCUAAAAUAUGAAAUGAAGCAAAGCCUUAAUAAAAAUCUUGGUUUUGAAUUGUGCAAAUUUAAAAGCAUUUUAUAUGUCAGAUUUUUUUUCAGUACACAGUUGCACAUUUCAUAUUUUACCAUUUCAAAGGCUGAAUUGGCAUUUUAUGUUCUGUUUUAAUUACUUGCAAUAAACUGAUAAUUUUAUUACCUUGGUUUAGGCCCUUAUCAGUACAGACCUUCAACACUUCUCUCCUAUGCUUUGGCCGUAGCUUUUCAGCAAACAGCUUUCCUAUUUUCAUGUCUCUCACAAAAAUUUGCUUUGUCAUCUCUUUGCUAAAAAUUCAUAAGUAGGCUCUUUUUUCUUUAUUGCAAAGCAAACUAGCUCUUUAGGAAAAUGGGUAAGAACCUCUGUGACCUUUAGCAACUUUACUCACCAUUGACCUUUGUAAUACAGAAAUUUGCAACUGCUCACAAUUUAGUGCCUUGGCAUACUCAUAUUCCAUAGAUCAACUCAUAUAAGAUUCAGUUCAAAUUUAACUUCCUGUGAAUCCCUACCUGCUGUCUGUAGGCAGGCAUUUCAUCCAUGCUCCACAGUAUUUUGAAAAUUUUUAUGUUAGUUGGACGUGGUGGCACACACCUAUAAUCCCAGCACUUAGGAGGCUGAGGCAAGAGAAUUGCUGCGAGUUCAAGCCUGGGCUGCAUAGUGAUUUCAAGUCAGCCUGAACUCUGCAUAGUGAGAUCCUGUCUCAAAAAAAAAAAAAAGAGAGAAAGGGCCGGGAUUUAGCUCAGUGGUGCUGCCACCUGCCUUGAAAGCAAAAGGUCUGGAGUUCGAUCCCAGGUACCAAAAAAAAAAAAAAGAGAGGAAAAAAAAAUAGCAUCAUAUUUUCAAAUACACGUAGAUACCUGCCUCUUCCACUGAGUUUCUCUUAUUUUUGUGGCCUAAUGUCUAGCUAGCACAUAAUAGGACCUUGAUAAAUGUUUUUGAAUGAAGGUAAUAAAAUUCUGUUUUCUAUAUUUUUGUACUUUGACAAAUAAAAGCUUAGAACUCCCUGAAAAUUCACGUGUUGAGUGUUGUCAUGCAUGUACUCUGGACUAGCAAAAGAUAAACAGGGAAGAGCCCUGGUUUUAUAAAGAUAAUAAUUUGUUUGCUGUACAUCAGCAAUAUUGACUAAAUGCAAAUUCUUAUUUCUAAAAAUGAGGCUUCCUUUUUUUCACAUAACUACCAAUUCUUGUUUGAAAUUCAUAAAUGUGCCCUAAAGAUUUUCUUUCUGUUUUACAUUCAGUGUGUACAGUCUUCAUACACACACAGUGAUUACCUACACACAAAAAUAAGACUCGAGAAAGAAUAAAAAGCAAUAGUGAAGGUGAAAUUUUUAAAGUAAUAUUCAGCCAUGAAGAUAUAGAUUUGUGUGACUUCCCGGUUAUUUAUAGUUAAUGAUUAUUGUAAAUAUAAGAAGGUUUAUAGAAUAUAAAGGCUAAAAACCAUUACCUGUGAGCCUGUUUUUCUUUUGUGAGCCUAUAAAACCUUUCUACCAUGACCCCAAAUAAUAAAAACGUUAACACAAAAAUCUCUUUAAGUUAAUAAUUUCUAAAAUUAAGUAUUAGUCAAAAUAUAUGUAAUUAAAUGAAAAGCUCUCUUUCUUACUUGAUAGACAUUUUCCUAUCUUUUCUAUACUUGGCACUCAAUUAGAUGCUGAGGAUACAAAUAAGACAUAGUUCCUGUCUGGGAGAGCUCAAGUUUGUCUUCAUGAUCAGUUUUCUAUAUCUGUUUAAGAAAUUAGGGCCGGGGAUUUCACUCAGUGGUUCUGCUGCCUGCCUCACAAGUCCAAGGACCUGAGUUCGAGCCCCAGUACCAAAAAAAAAAAGAGAGAAAUUAGGAGAAUUUUUAGAAAACCUAUUCCUCGGGUUAUUUCAGGGAAAGAGUCUCCUUCUAGCCCCCACCCCCAAAUAACCACAUUGUGUGUCAUAAAGGAGUAAUUUCACUUUCAUGUCCACAUUUAUUGUGUUUUCAUGUUGGCCACAAAUAAUUUUGACUGUGUUUCAUCAAUCCUAUAGAAUGCUAUUUUUCACAACUAUAGGUCCAAGUAAGAGAAUAACGCAUACUUCAAAAUAUACAAAAGGUAUACAUUGCAAACUCACUGGAGAGGAGAGGGGCUAUAAAGAAAUGCUUUCCAGUAGAUUUCAAAGUCUCUGAAGUUAUUGGUGUUGAAGGUUGGUGUUUCUACCUCAGUCAUUUUUGAUGAGGUGUAGGGAAUAAUAAUAGUCUAAGGAUAUAGUAAAUAGACUAGUAAUAUUUGUGUACUGCAAGGCUCUGAUACAUAGAUUAAACAAAACAAAAAUACUUGAGUUAUAAAAUUAACUUCUAAAUAUUUAUUGAUGGUUAGGGUAUAGGAUCCCUUUAUGAGAAGGAAGAAACUGUCUUUAUUUUUAUUCUCAGUAAGUAUGGGAAAACCUUUAUGUGUUCACAUUUUGAUAGGCAUAUUUUAAACUCACUGUUUCUCAUCAUGAUAAAGUAGCAACCAUUUCUAUAUUCUCUAGCAAAACAAAAUUCUUAAUUUGGUAACUUUGUUCUUUGUUCAACUUUGUAAAAGGUCCACUCAGAAAGAUGCUCAGAAGGCUGGACACUUUUACCCUUCUAUUCAACACAUUCAUUUAACCUUUUAAUAAAGAUUAUCAGAAAUUGUCUCCCAUUUAUCAUCAUGUUGAAAACCUAACAGUAUAAUUCCUUCUAUUGCGAAAGAUAGUUUUAAUUUAGCCUUGGCAUAUUUAUAGCUAAGAAUUUACUACAUUUUGGUAGUCUGUUUUGAAACUAAAAUACUGGUAUCUGAAAAGAUGCAGAUAAUGUCUAUCUAUUUAUUACACAGUGGGCUCUGUUUGCUGCAGAAAAGAGUGAAACUUUUAACUGCUUAGCACAUUUGCCAGUGAAAUAUACCUGAUAGCAGAGGUUAUAACUAUGACUCUAAUUAUUUUAAUAAUGAUAAGACGUGAGUUUUGUUUGUUUACAUGCUGUUUACAGUGGCAUAAUUUUUUAAAUAUAUACAACAAUUGAGAUAUUUAUUGCAUACUAUUUUAAAGAUGUUUUAUGUGUUUUCACCUUUGGAAUAUAUUGUUACAUUUCCUGUACAGAUAAUUUGGGUGGCUUUGUUAAUGUAGCUAGUGAUUUUUAUGACUACUAAGUGACCAGUUUUUGGUGCCUUUUAUUGUGGGAUGCAUGAUUAUGUAUUUAUUGUACGGAAGCCACUGAUGUGUGUAUUUUUGUACUUUGCCAAGAGUAAUGGUUGAUCUUGAUGUACAUGAUAGUAAGAGAGCUCUUUCCCAAUGGGCACUGCCCUGAGAUUAUCCUUCUCAAAUAAAAAGAAAGCAUUUGAA